AUGUGUCAAAUCAUAGGAAUGAAUUUGUAUGAGGAUAUAUAUUCCAAACAGCAGGUAUAUUCUCACGACAAGAAAGCAUUGUGUAAAUAGCAAUUCUGAAUUGUAUAUAUACUAAUAAUCUGGCAACAUUACACACUCCUCUGCUAUACAAUGCUGUAGCCAUUGCGCUUUUCUCGUAGUAGACAAAUUUGGAAAAAGAAGUACGCGAUAUAAAAAUUGUAAAAAAAUUAUAGAUUUAUUUGGGAAGAACUAUUAGAAGGUAAGGAAAAGUAUUAAAAAUGGUCGAUGCAGCCAGACAAAUGCUGGAUGAGCUGAUGGGGCGUAACCGCAACCUGCAUCCAUCGGAAGCAGUCCGAAAAGUGAAUUGGGAUGACCCAGAUUUUUGUCAAUAUUACAUAGUGAAAUUCUGCCCUCAUGAUCUCUUUAUUAACACUCGAGCUGAUCUCGGUCCUUGUACUCGCAUUCAUGACGACGAGGCAAAACAACUAUACAGCCAAGCACGUUCUAGUCCUCGAAAACGUCAGUAUGAAGACGAAUUUUUGCGCUUUUGCAAUACGAUGUUAAACGACGUAGAACGUAAGAUACAAAAAGGAAAACAGCGCUUACAGUUAAUGAACCGGGAUCAGUGCGUUACACAAAUUCAUGUCUCGAAAUACGCGGAGCAAUUAAAUAAUUUAAAUGCUAGAAUUAAGAAACUUUUAUCUGAAGCUGAGGAAGCAGGUAUACGUGGAGAUGUAGACCAAGCACAAGAUUUAAUGUCGCUUUGUGAACAAUUAAAGGAAGAAAAAGACACAUUGGUUGCCCAACAUGAAAGUGGAAUCAGUAAAAUUAAUCAAACGACAGAGCGAUCCGAGCUUCCAGUUGAGAAAAUCAUUGCCGAACCAUCAACACCUAGCGAUUGUGAAAGUGAUAAAAAGGCUGCAGCUUGGAUUAAUGAUAUGGGUACAUUGCCGGAAAAACAAAUGGAAGUAUGUGAAACAUGUGGUGCUUUUUUAAUUGUUGGGGAUGCCCAACAACGUAUUGAAGAUCAUUUGAUGGGAAAACAACAUUUAGGAUAUUCCCGUUUACGUAAAGCAGUUGAAGAAAUUCAAGAGAGGCGUCAAAAAGAACGUGAGGAGGAGGAACGUUUACGUAAAGAAGACCGUGACCGAGAUCGUUCCUCACGUUCCGCAUAUGUUAAUCGUGACCGCAAAAGAGAUUAUGACAGGGAGCGUGAAUAUAAUCGAGAACAUGGGCGCCAUCCUGAGAGACACCGACACCACCACAAAAGCCAUCGCCGGCGGUCACGUAGCCGAAACUAUCGACAUAGCAAUGGCGGUAGCCGUAGUCGCAGCCGAAGUCGUUACUAAAGUACUAGUUUCUAAAAUGAUGGAUAGAGGUACCCCCCAAAAAACCAUAAAAUUAAAAUAAAAAAUUUAUAAAUAACUCAGAUAUUCUCAGAGCAUUGUAUGUACAAG